AUGGCUAAGCCAGUGCUAUAUUCCUACUGGCGAAGCUCAUGCUCAUGGAGGGUACGAAUAGCACUUAAUUUGAAGGAAAUACCAUAUGAUAUAAAGGCAGUAAGCCUUAUCAAAGGUGGAGGAGAACAACACUGUAAUGAAUAUAGAGAGGUGAACCCAAUGGAACAAGUCCCCUCACUUGUAAUAGAUGGUCACACAUUUGUAGAAUCAUUAAGUAUAAUGCAUUACUUAGAGGAGACAAGGCCACAGAGACCGCUGAUGCCCCAAGACUGCUUUAAGAGAGCUAAAGUUAGGGAGAUUUGUGAGGUAAUAUCCUCUGGCAUUCAACCUUUGCAAAACUUAAUAGUGUUAAUAUAUGUGGGGGAAGAGAAGAAGAAGGAGUGGGCGCAGCACUGGAUCAUGAGAGGUUUCCGAGCAGUAGAGAAACUUCUGUCAAACUGUGCUGGCAAGUACUGUGUGGGGGAUGAGAUUACUUUGGCUGACUGUUGCUUGGUGCCACAAGUGUUUAAUGCUAGAAGGUUCCAUGUGGAUCUGCGUCCAUUCCCAAUAAUAUUGCGCAUAGACCGCGAACUAGAAAACCACCCGGCGUUCCGCGCUGCCCACCCGUCCGCCCAGCCGGACUGCCCGCCUGAAGUGGCCAAA